AUGUUUGCUGCUGCUGGCUACUUAGACCCUGCCCUUAGGGACAUGUAUAAGGGCUUGAGCAUCCAGGGCUACAUGGCACGCAAAAUCAUAGGGGGCCAGGAAGCCGUGCCUCAUUCUCAUCCCUACAUAGCAUAUCUUUGGAUCAAUACCACAGAGAAAACAAAAAAAUGUGGGGGUUUCCUUGUGUGUGAGGACUUUGUCCUGACAGCAGCCCACUGCUGGAGAAGAUCCAUCACUGUCAUCCUGGGAGCCCACGAUAUUGAUGAGCAAGAGAUGACCCAGCAGGUCAUCCCUAUAAGAAGAGCCAUCCCCCAUCCAUAUUUUAAAAGAAAUUCAUUCAAUGACAUCAUGUUACUUCAGUUGGAAAAGAAGGCCAAGCUGAAUGCUGAGGUGAGCCUCCUCAAGUUACCCUCAGUACAUUCCCAGGUUACACCAGGGAUGGUGUGCUCUUUAGCCGGCUGGGGACCUAUUGACCAAAACAUAUCCACAACAGAACUGCAUGAGGUACAGCUUGAAAUCCAAAAAGACGAAGAACGUCUCUCUCAUUUCAAAAGACCAUAUGACUCCACCACCCAGAUUUGUGAGGAGAACCCAAAAGAGAAGAAGAAUGGUCUUCAGGGAGAUUCAGGAAGUCCUCUUGUGUGUAAAAACGUGGCGCAAGGCAUUGUGUCCUAUGGGAAAAUGGAGGAGACACCUCCAAAUAUCUACACGAGGACCUCAAGCUUUCUGCAUUAAGGUCCUGGAUUAAAACAACAAUGAAAUCAUUCAAACUCCAAGGACAAGACUGAGA